CUGUACAAAUCUCUUGCUAUUCUUGCGACGGCGUCAGCGACGCUAGCUGCUACUCCUCAAGGCUUCGUACCUGCGGCCGAGUCUACUUUAGAUGUAUAUUUCGGCACUGUCUCAGCGGAAGGCGGAAAUGUCUUAGAAAAAGCGGGUAAGUGAAUUGGGCUCGGGAUCUCACCCGUGCUCAGAAUGAGAGUUAUUGACGGUCAUUUAGCGACUCAAACGGCGCCCAACAUAGGGACUCAAUCCAAAGUGGACGGAACAUCAUUCGCAGUAUUAAUGAUUGACCUGGAUAUCCCGACGAAUAGCCCGCCACAGACGAACACACUUCUCCAUUGGUUGCAGACCGGCUUGACGCAAAGCUCAACAGCGACAACGGUAAACACAACUACAGGAAGUAAGAACGUCUUCCUAUUCGAAAAGUCCCAAGGACAAGCGGCAUUUGCGGAAUAUCUUGGACCAUCGCCUCCGGCGCGAAUUCCUUUGUCGCAUCGAUACACUCAACUUCUAGUCGACACAUCAGACGCUACACAAGACGAUUUAAAUGUUCUCCAACAAGCCGCUGCGAGCCGACAGGGCUUCAGCGCCAAUGAUAUCUUGACGCAGGCUGGACUUGUAGACAAGGUCCUGGCUGGUAAUUUCUUCAACGUGACCAACCCAGGUCCCGUAACUUCAGCAGCGGCGGGUUCUGGCUCUUCGAACUCGACAACCGGAGGAAAGUCGGGCGGUACCACAGGAACUGGCGCUGUCAUGAAACCGACCCAAACCCCAUUCGUCCCUGCUGCAGCGGGAACAAAUAGAGCAAGCGGGAUGAUUCUAGCGAUCGCCAUUGUCGGCGCAGUGUUCAUUACUUUGUAAAUUGGAUAGAGACGGAAAAGCAAUUGAUUGAUUUCAGCAUGCAGCAAGCAGAAAAAAGAAGCGUACGUAUCGAAGUUGGAGAUUUUCGCGUGUUUGCCGACAUCGUUGGUCUGAAGUUCCACAGAAAAUUACAGCGACUUGAUGACCCAAGCACGCGUACUUGAGCUCGGAGUUUCGGGAAACGCAAGCACGCAGAUUUAUUCCGUUCAAGGGCGCAUUCGAUAGCCAACUCGGAGUGAUCCCGAGGUUUCAAAGGCACGUACAUCCGUGGAUACAUACAUACCUACAUCGAAGGUACAUACCUAGGUAUAUACUUGACUCGCUAAGAGUUGAGUUGAAGUCAUGUAACAGUAAGCUUUGUGUUCUCAGGGCGGGUAAAUAAUUACACCCGGGGAAAAAGAAAGUGGAAUUGUGCCGAGUGCCUACGAUUACGAGCUAUCACUUAAUAUACCUAUACAUUUUCGCCCGGU